GGCGUGGACCUGACGCCGUCCUACGUCGUCGAGGAGGACUGCGCCGCGUUCCACGCGGCGCUGAAGCGGACCUGCGACGCGCACGGCGCGUCGUACGCCGACAUGAAAAAGACGUGCGACGACUACUUCUACCUGCCCGCGCGCCGGGAGCACAGCGGCGUCGGCGGCGUCUUCUUCGACGAUCUGGACGCGCCCUGGGCCGGCGACUUCGCCGUGGAGCUGAUGCGCUGCGCGCUCGCGGACGACGGGCCCUACAUGCCCGUCGCGGCGCGGCGGCGCGGCGAGGCGUGGUCCGAGGCGGAGAAGCAGUGGUCGUACCUACGCCGCGGCCGCUACGUCGAGUCGACCUCCCGCGUCCUUUGCCCCAAACUCCCCCGACUUUGCCCCUCACACCAUCGCGCGCCGUCGACCAGGUUCAACCUCCUCUACGACCGCGGCGUCAAGUUCGGCCUGUCGCCGGAGAGCGUCGAGCGCGUGCUCGUGUCGUCGCCGCCGCUCGCGGCGUGGGGCUGGCGGAAGGAGCCCGCGGCGGGGACGCCCGAGGCGGCUUGCUUGGCGGUGCUGCGGGAGCCGCGGGCGUGGGUUUCGUCGUAA